AUGGAUUUACCGAAGGCGCCUCAUGCUGAUCAAGAUGUUCACGAAAUAUCCACAUUGAUUCAAGGACUGGACAAUAAGUCCAAUAAGACGAAGAAGGGCUUCCGAGCAAAGAAGACCAGCUUCAAAGUCCACGGCUCGCGAGACGGUAUUGUUGUCGAUUCGUGGAGAUUCCAAGACUAUGACUACAAACGCCCUGAUCUACCAACCUACGCCCGUGGACUGUUCACGACCAAGAAUCGGAGAAACCAGCCCGAGAUCGCCAUCAGAGGAUAUGACAAAUUUUUCAACACUGGUGAGGUCUCUGACACAAAGUGGGAGAACAUUAAGAAGAAGACGCAUGGGCCCUAUGAACUCACUCUGAAGGAAAAUGGAUGCAUCAUCUUCAUCGGUGGCCUGGAAGACGAGACGCUGCUGGUAUGCAGCAAGCACUCGACGGGGCCCCGAAGUGACGUCGCGCUGAGUCAUUCUAUGGCGGGUGAGAAGUGGGUGGAUAGACAACUCCACACCAUCGGCAAGACAAGAGCAGAGCUAGCCCGCGAGUUGAGAAAACGGAAUGCGACGGCCGUAGCAGAGCUUUGUGAUGACGACUUUGAGGAGCAUGUGCUUGCAUAUACCCCAGACAAGGCCGGACUCUAUCUCCAUGGAAUCAACAUCAACAUCCCGAGAUUCAUGACCUAUCCCAGCGAUCAGGUUCAGAAAUUUGCCGACGAAUGGGGCUUCCGCAAGGUCGGCCUUCAGUCAUUCGAUGAUAUCGACACAGUUAAGACCUUCCUGGAUGGAGUUGCCGAGUCUGGCGCUCAUGAGGGCCGCGAUGUGGAGGGCUUCGUCAUUCGGUGCAAGAUGUCAGAGAACCCCGAUGGAGGAUUAUCUUACCAUGAUUGGUUCUUCAAAUACAAGUUUGAGGAGCCGUACUUGAUGUACCGUCAAUGGCGUGAGUGUACCAAGGCGCUCAUUGCUGGAAAGCCCCAAAAGUUCAAGAAGCACGUAAAAAUUACCGAAGAGUACCUCCUCUAUGCCCGGAAGCGCCUCGCACAGGACCCCAAGCUAGGCAAUCUGUAUAACCAGAAUCAUGGCAUCAUUGCGCUGCGAGAUGACUUCCUCAAGUUCAAGAAUUUGAAGGGGUCUGAAGCAGCUAAUUGCGAAGCCGAGUUUGGUGGCGACGACGACGCAGCACUGGUAGAUUCCGGUAUCGUCAUCGUUCCAAUUGCAACUAUCGGAUGCGGCAAGACCACCAUUGGGGUAGCGUUAUGUCAUCUCUUUCGAUGGGGCCACAUCCAGAACGACAACAUUCAAGGCAAAGGACGGCCUGCAAGAAUGGUUCAAGGGGUUAUGCAGCUCCUUGCUCAGAAUCCAGCUGUCAUUGCCGACAGGAAUAACUCGGAACGCCGAGAGCGGGAGCAGAUUAUCAAAGACAUCAAAUUACAAAAUACAGAAGCCCGACUCGUUGCUAUGAACUUCUCACAUGGAGACAUUGAGGAAGUCCGACGAGUGACACGUGAGCGUGUCCUCAGGCGCGGCGACAACCACCAAACCAUCCAGGCAGCAUCGGACGAGAGCAAGGUCAUUGCCAUCAUGGAAAAUUUUAUUCACCGCUUCCAGCCCUGUGAUGCAAGCCAGAGACCAGACGAUGGUUUUGACCUGGUCAUCGAUCUCGACCCGUCCAAGGACAGCCGCACCAAUCUGGAAAUCAUGAUCAACGCUCUACACGAAAAGUAUCCUCGUCUUGUGCCUGACAUCCCGAGCUCCGAGGAUAUGGAUGAGGCGAUCAAGGCGGCAAUAGAGGAGUAUACCCCCGAUCUGCGUCAUACGAUUCCAGAUCGAAAGGACAACAAGAAGGACAAACAGGCUCAUAACCAGGAGCAAGGCAAGGCACAGAAGAAAAAGCCCCUGGAAUACAUGUCCAUCUCGGUGCCGGCCAAGGAUGUUAAUGGCGCGCUCGAAGCCGCCUUUAAGGGCGUUGACCCAAGUACAUCCAGAUUUUACAAGCAGCUGCAAAGCACUAGGCGUGUGCAACCCAUGUUCCACGUAACAUUGAUGCACCGAGCAUCUUCGAAAGACCACCCUGAGCUGUGGUCUCAAUACGUGAAAAUGGAGGCCGAGACUGCAAGCACCGAUGGAAAGCUGGGCGAGUGCGAGAUCGAGCUUGAGCGUGUCGUAUUCGACAACCGCAUUAUGGCCAUUGUAGUCCGCAUCGUCGAUCCGGAUGGCAAAUGGACCUGCGUCAACCGUAUAUCUCAUAUCACGGUUGGCACACGUGACGACAACGUCAAGCCCAAGGAAAGCAAUGACCUCCUUGCCAAAUGGCUGGAGUUUGGUACUGGCGGCGAGAUCAUGGAGCGUGUCUUCGAGCCCAAGCUCACCUUGAAGGGCGUGGUACGUGGUGUGUUGAGUCGCUAG